GAUGGACAUGCCCGAUGAGAAAGCCAUCGAAGAGUUCGGAAUGAAGACUCAGCUGACGUCUUUGCCCAGAGACCAUCCGCAGUGGAAGGUCUUCUUACUUCGCACACCAGCGCAUCAAUCAGCGGUGCUGAUGCAUCUUCAUCAUGCCUUGGGUGAUGGUUUAGGCCUUCUAUUUGCCACCUCGCCGUUGAUGGGCGUGCAGGAGGGUCACCCCUUGGCCAACAUCCCGCUGCCGCGCGCCAUUCUGCCGCCCUUUGCGCGCAAGCCGGAGGAUGCCACGCCGAAGCGACGGGAUUCCUCGGCACAUCGAGGUUUCUUCGCCAAUUGCUGCUGCGGCUUCUUCCGGGGCGUGCGGAAUUUCAUGCGUGGCUUCUUCGUCAUGUUGGCCACGUCCUACGAUUCGGAUCUACCGGUGAACGCGCCCUUGACACAGAGGCGGCCCCGCUUAAAGUUCAGCGGCAAGCGACGUUUGACGCGACUCCCCACUGUGCCGCUGAGCACUGUGAAACGUGCCCGUGAAAACCACGAGGUGACCUUGAAUGACAUUGUGAUGGCAGCUGUGACGGGUGCCAUUCGAAGAUAUUGUGUGCACAAGGGUGAUACACAGCUCACGGAAGGAAGACCAGUUGAGUGCAAAAGCAUGCUGAUGUUGGCGUUGCCAAGAGAGUGUGAUAUCUCCAACCCCACCAUUGCCUUACAGAACAAGAUGUUGUUUUCCAGCGUGAGGCUACCAGUGCAGGAAGGCACUCGCGCGGGGCGUGUGAAGAAGAUGGCCGAAGCAUGCAGCGACUUGAAGUCCAUGGCGUAUAUGAUGGGUUUGAAGUUCUUUACCAACUUGGCAUCGAUGUCGCCCAGAGCCUUCUUGAACAAAGCAACGGGAGAGUCCUGGUCAAAGCAUAGUUUCUUGAUCACCAAUGUGCCUAGCACCACCGGACCAAUGACCUGGCCCAAAGGGGAAGGUGGUGAACAGUUGCAAGGGAUCACCAUGGUCAUUGCCAAUGUGAUGAAUCAGGUCUCAGUGAUCAGUUACAACGGAGAGCUCUACUCCAGUCUAGUCUCUGAUCCUGACGUCAUCGACGAGGAAGCUGAGUUCUGCAAGAUCUGGCUGUCGGAAUUUGAAGCCCUGGCUGAUCCCAUGAAGAACGACACGGAUGGAGUGGUGAGACCAUGAUCCAGGAGGCCAUCGAUUGCAGCCUCCAAUCUGAGGGAUUAUGAGGGUAGAAUUUUAAGUGACUUGAGAUGACUUGAGCAGAUUCUGGCUGAG